AUGAGAUCAAUUCGAUGCUGCGAAUUCACCAAUGCUGGAGGACCGGCUCUCGUCGCGUGGCUGAUGGAUACUGCGGGGAUGCAACCGUCUACUGAAGGGUGUGAUGUGAGGCUGCUGACACUAGGUAAUCGAACAAGUGGGGCUCGUGUUCAGUUUCUUGUUGCGGCACGUAAGGAGGCCAUGAGGAAGUUGAUUGAAGCAGGCAACAAGGCUAUGGUUCCCAUUGACGAAGGAAGUCCAUUGAACCAAGAUUUCUCCUGGUUGGAAGAAUGUUCCAGAAUUUUUAUGUGCCGUGCUGAAGAAGGUCAGACUGAUCCUAGGGGUGAACAACUGGCAAUGCAAGAACUCCGAGAGCAUCUACAGAGCGUAGACCCGGAUAACAAGUUCUGGGAAAUUGCGGACCGCAUUUCCCGGGAUAGUGUGGGUCACACAAUGAAAGAAUUGGAGACGCUUCAAGCUAAUGGUAUCGAUAACGAGUCACUGGAGAUUACUAACUGCAGACCUCUCACCCGGCUGCAGCUAGACGACUUGCGCGGUAGGGUAUCCGAAGAGUGGCUGCCGAUGUUGGAAGAGCUAUCCGGGGGGUUAGAGGCCGAGAGCGGUCGCUUCCGGAUCGCGUGUGCCAUUAAUCGACGUUGCAUAGCUGCUACUACAACCGCUCUCGUUGUUGCCGGGGUGGCUGCGUUGGGACUGUACUUUGGGCUUAACUCGCGAAACAUAGAUUCUAAUACUCGGGCAUCAACGUUGAAUACAACAGGCAAUAUUAUGACCGAUAAUGUCACAAGCAUUAUGACCGAUAAUGUCACAAGCAUUAUGACCGAUAAUGUCACAAGCAUUAUGACCCCCAAUACCACCUCGAGCGAUUCGAGUCUUUUGGACCUCGUCUCACAGGUCUCUGCGAACGUGAGGAACCUACUCGGGAGCACUACAGCCGCAGAUGUCACAUCUACUGAGCGGGAAGUCCUUGUGUCGACUCCCUUUGACGUUAGCCAGAAGACUACUACCAGGAACAAAUCAGACGGGGCUUGGCAGACGAGCGACGCGGUCACAAUCCAGAAUACCAUCCCGCACCGUCCUAGCCUCGUGGACCUCGUCUCACAUGUCACAACGAUGACGGUCAAGAGAAUUUCCGAGAACACAGUCGUAGAUAAUGUCACACCUAACAUGAGGGACUUUGCGACGGACAUCGCUACCCAGAUGACGAUGGAACUUAUACGGGAGUCUACCAUGGGCACUGGUGCCAACAAAGUCGUGACCGAAGUCAGCUCGAUGAAGCCUCUCAACGUUUCAGAAGAGUUGGACUUACGUAAGUUGACCGAACUUCUUAGCGUGGAUCCGACUACUUGGCAAAGUGUGAAAGAAGGAGUGGGCCAAUAUCCGUGUGGUGGCCUUAGUGGAAUAGUGCAAUGUAACCCCCCUAGCGGCUGGUAUCAUUUUGGCGGUGCGUGGAGGUACGACUUUUUCGCGGUGAAGGAAGCGAUCAGAAACCUUCUAGAGGGCGGUGAACAUUGCGAGGUGGCGUGCGAUAGUACAGAUGAAAGAUCCCACGCCUUGUGGGAUAAAACCAGCGAAAAUUUAGACGGGAUCGUUAGCCGUGGCAAUUGGCAGCUGGCGGACUAUACAUGGGAGCCCUCAGAAGCGAGUGAGUAUUUCAAGAAAAUGCUUGACCUCCGCUAUCCUGUCUAUGAGACUUGCAUAGGGUCGUGUGUCGAUUGUGUUAACGAUGCGCGUGUCGCGAGCUGUCACUGCGAUUUUGCAAAGCUCCGUUGUACAGCUAAGGCUGGUGAGAACCCCGACCAGGAGAUAGAGUCUAUAGGUUAUAACACCACGCUGAUGAGUCUGGUUCGAUUCCUAGCUCCGUUCAAGACUAAGGAUUUAUACAAGGUCAUGAACUGCAGGUUUGAAUGUCGCAACUUGAGACAGGAUAUUGCUGCCCUUGCCAAGAAAGGGGUGGACAUGCAGAUUAUCGAGACGGCCCCGGCAAAGCACACCUCUCCACUGAGAGAGACUUUGAGUAGAAGGGAGUUGGCGGUACUUGAGAUCGGAGGGUGCGAGAAGUUUCUUGAUAACACGGAGAUGGGUCACCAGCUACCGCGGGUCGGGGCAGAUCCAUGUGACGGUCUAGAUGGACGGAUCGCGUGUAAAUACAUUACGGGUCCUAAGGGGUGUCUUGAAGCGCUUCCUAGACUCCGUGGUAACAAGUGCUGGACGCAUAGCCACACAUGUUACCGUUUUGGUCCUCAAUGGAUGGAUGUCUUCGCGGUGCAGGACGCGAUAAAAAAAUACUAUAAGGUUGUUGGAAGCUGUUAUGCACAAUGCGACCCACCCACGCUCACUAAUAAUCGUUUGUGGAAUGAAGCCGACGCCGUCCUACAGAACGUACCUGGUUAUAACAGCUACCAUGAUUACUACCCUAUCACCCUUCGUUCCAAGCCCAAAUUCCAACACGCCUUCCCUUCUCUGUAUCCAACCGAAAAAAGACAGGUGCUGGACUGCCGCAGUAACAACUGUACAGUGGACGACAUGCAAGUCUGUCGCGUAGCCCGCGCUGCAUGUAAUACCACUAGCACACACGACGGCACCUCUGGGGUAGCUGAAUCCAUUAAGUUCAACGCCCGCCUCCAAGACGCGUUUAGGACGCUAUCUAUACCCACCGCUAAUGCCAAAAUCAAGGCCAUUAAAAACACUCAAUGCACUGCCGAAUGCUACGGUGAACUGUGGCCAAACCCGGAUCAGUGGCCGCUUCAAAAUGUGAAGGACAUGACGGAGAAGUAG